UCUCAGAGCUUCUCUCGGUGUCCACCUCGCUGCCGUGUUUGUGUUUCCCUCUUGGAGUUGUUAAUUUUUUUCCAACAAUUUCCACUGCCUGGUCGGGCCCCACAAUCACCACCACCACAACAACCACCGCCACCAACCACCAAUGGCUCCGGGAGCUGUAGAAUCGUUGAGAGGGUGGCUGGUAUUAGGGACGAUCGUCUUGCUCCAUGUGUUGUCCCACAACUCCUCACAAGCAGGUAACUGCUGGCUGCAGCAGACACGCGCCGGGCGGUGCAAGGAGCUGUUGCGUGCGGGCGUGUCGCGGGACGAGUGUUGCCGCGCUAGCGGGCCCGGCGCCGGCUUCACGGCGGGCGACCCCUCCUCGGCCACGCUCUUCCGCUGGCUCGCGCUCACCGGCGGGGCGCCCAACUGCACGCCCUGCAGAGGUGGGGCGAGGCUGCAUGCCUAG